GGAGGCAGAGUAUAAAAUCUGGCCUCUAAGUUUAAUGUCACUCAGUUUUCUCUCUUCCACUCUCUCUCUCUCUCUGCCGGGGCGGCUGGUUCUGUAGAUUUCCAAAACCUUUUUGUUUCUCGCUCAGAAACCCUAAUUCUACCAAACGCCCCGCGCAACUGAUACUUGGAGUUGCUUUUUUUUGGUGUGGUUGCAAUUUUGGGCUCCAGGUUUCGCGGUAAUGGAGGAUUCUUUAGGGCAAAAGCCGAACCAGCAGGAGGAGUUCACUUUGGUUUCGAUUUCUGAGCUUGCUUCUUCGUCCUCUUCGUCCGCGCCGGUGGUUGCGCGGUUCGGCGGCGAUUCUGGCGCGGCGGAGCUGCGGUUCCGGCGGGAGCCCGAUUCGGACGACUUCACUGUCGAUCUCCGGACUUCACAGAUAUUCCGGUUAGGCCCUGUUCAGUCAGUUUGCAUAUCUGAAAGUGAAGACCGUAAAGAGAACUCACAUUCCAGAGGAGUUACCAUUCAAUUUAGAAACGAGGAAGAGAGCAGGGCAUUUCAUGCUGCUUUUGAUAAGAGGAGGAAGGAUGUUAUUGUUCAAGGCACCCGAUUACCGAAUGGCACAAUUUCCUCCUUAAAAAGCAAGUUCGAUGAUAAAAUAGAAUCAUCAUCUGCUAAGAUGUACUUUCACUACUAUGGACAACUUUUACAUCAACAAAAUAUGUUGCAGGAUUAUGUGAGGACAGGAACAUAUUAUGCAGCGGUGAUGGAAAAUCGUGCUGACUUCACGGGUCGGGUGGUUGUUGAUGUUGGUGCUGGUAGUGGUAUUUUGUCAUUAUUUGCUGCUCAGGCUGGUGCAAAGCAUGUUUAUGCUGUGGAAGCAUCUGAGAUGGCUGAGUAUGCUCGUGUACUAAUUUCAGGGAACCCGGCCUUGAGUCAACGAAUCACUGUAAUUAAAGGCAAAGUUGAGGAAAUCGAAUUGCCUGAGAAGGCAGACAUUUUAAUCUCAGAGCCAAUGGGCACCUUAUUGGUCAAUGAAAGAAUGCUGGAAUCAUAUGUGAUUGCCAGGGAUCGUUUUUUGCACCAAAAUGGAAAGAUGUUCCCAACAAUAGGAAGGAUUCACAUGGCACCUUUCAGUGACGAAUACCUAUUUGUGGAAGUAGCUAACAAGGCCCUCUUUUGGCAGCAACAAAACUAUUAUGGUGUUGAUUUGACAGCCUUGCACGGAUCGGCAUUUCAAGGCUAUUUUUCGCAGCCAGUGGUGGAUGCUUUUGAUCCAAGGCUAUUGGUGGCCCCUUCAAUGUCUCAUGUCUUAGACUUCACAAAUGUUAAGGAAGAGGAAUUAUAUGAGAUUGAUAUUCCUCUGAAAUUCACUGCUACUGUGGGUGCUAGAGUGCAUGGAUUGGCCUGCUGGUUUGAUGUAUUAUUUAACGGCAGCACUGUGCAGAGGUGGCUUACCACUGCCCCGGGUGCGCCGACAACCCAUUGGUACCAAUUACGUUGUGUCCUUUCCCAGCCUCUUUAUGUCAUGGCAGGGCAGGAAAUUACUGGCAGACUUCAUAUGGUCGCUCACAGUGCUCAGAGUUACACAAUUUAUUUGACUCUAUCAGCCAAAAUGUGGGGCCCUGGUGCCGAGCAAGGAGGAAUACUUCAGUCGUCCUCGUGCAAACUCGACCUAAAAGAGCCCUACUAUAGAAUGUCCCAACCACAGGCGUACUCCAUGGUUCAAGAUCAGCAGCAACAACAGCUAUUGCAGUCACAGGACAUACCGAUUCAACCCCAGGAUUUAGACGAUGCUGACUUGAUGCUACAGGCUUCGCCGAACUCAGGGGCUCCGCUCAAUUCAUUGAUGGAAAACAUUUAAGCAUUCGGGACGACUCUCGGGGUCAGUGUUGUGACAUUAGUUUGCCUUUGUUGUUAUGGUGAACAAGAGCUCGGCGGGCCUCUCGUUGUUUCACCUCUAACCUCUCCCACAGGUAGUGAAGCUAUCAUUGAUUAUCAUCCGUCCACAGUGAGAUUCUGUACAAUUUAAUUAUGAUUCAAUAAGCUUAAACAAUAAUCAUAUCUUGUUUUGUUGCAAAAUUUUUAUUUAUUUUACGAUAUUAAUUUUUCAGGCUUUUCAAUGUUGAGCCCUAAUGGUUGUUGCCCCAUUUGUAAUAGGUUUGGAAUUUUGCCUAGAAAUCAUUGACUAGAGUGCUGUUUCAGGGAAAGUUUAGGAUGGUUUUCUGAGAAAAAAUGCUCUUGAUUCAAUUUUCAGCUCUAUAAUAUGGUCGAGUUGGGAUAAA